ACUUUGUGUGUUAGUUUUACGCCGGAGCUCAGAGCGGAGACCGAGCUGGAGAACGAUCCCCGGAUGGAGCAGCAGCCCAGUGUCCGGAGCUGCACGAACUUAGGAGGAGAGCCGCUCAUGAACCUGAACGUUCACAGCACCACCGGCACUCGCUAUGAGCUCUCGGUGCCACUCGAAGAAACGGUGGACGGGCUGAAGCGCCGGAUCUCCCAGAAACUGAAGGUGCCCAAGGAGCGGCUCACCCUGCUGCACCGGGAGACGCGUCUAAGCUGUGGAAAGUUACAAGAUUUGGGAGUUGUGGACGGGAGCCGGCUGACCCUCCUGCCUACGGUUGAGGCUGGACUAAUGUCCCAGAUGUCCCGCCCAGAGCAGUCCGUAAUGCAGGCCCUGGAGAGUCUGACAGAGACGCAGGUGAAUGAUUUCUUAUCUGGACGCUCACCCCUCACGCUUGCACUUCGUGUUGGGGAUCAUAUGAUGUUUGUACAGCUUCAGUUGGCUGCCCAGCAAGCAGGGGGAUCCCAACUCCAGCACCACCAUCUAAUCACCAGAAGACCUGAGCACAGUGCUGCCCCUCACUUUCGCACCCUGCAUACAAGCACCACACCUGUACUCUCCCGUCUGGCAGGUUGCACCCAAGGUUCUCCUCAGCCUACUGAGUCAGCACCAGCUUCUUCCAGUCACUGCAAUGCUCCCCACUCUUCAUCCCUCACCACCAGCGUCUUCCGCUCACAUGGAGAGGGUGUGGCUGUAUCGCCCUGUGCAGAGCAGGUUCCAUGUAGCAGCAGCAGCACCACCACCACCACUCGCAGUAAUGAAGCUGGUAGUCCUUCCCAGUCUGCCCGACCUCGAAAACCUGGUGCCAUUAUAGAGAGCUUUGUCAAUCAUGCUCCUGGAGUCUUCUCAGGGACAUUUUCUGGUACCUUGCAUCCUCACUGCCAGGAUAGUACGGGGCGUCCUCGCCGAGAUAUUGGGACAAUUUUACAGAUCCUGAAUGAUUUGCUGAGUGCUACUCGCCAUUACCAGGGUAUGCCACCCUCACUCACAACACUCCGCUGCCACACCCAGUGUGCAUCACAGACCAGAAAUGCCAAGGCUACCUCUCCACAAAACAUUGAUAACCAGCAAAAGAGCCAACCAACUGUACAUUCCCAACCCCAAGCUCGUCAGUGCAAACCUACUGGGGAUCGCAUGCGGCAAACAGAAAACAGGGCGACUCGCUGCAAAGUGGAACGUUUGCAGUUGCUUAUGCAUCAAAAGAGAUUGCGUCGGAAGGCACGGAGAGACUCCAGGGCUCCUUAUCAGUGGCUUCCUACACGAAAAUCUAGUCGGACCAGCAGCAAUAGCAGUACAUCGAGCGGAGAGGGUGCCCUUGAGAUGGACUUCGAGGACUCGCUAUGGAAACCAGAUGUGAAAGCUGAACUAAACUCAGAAUUUGUGGUGGCAUGAGGCAUAUCCCACAGCACUUUCACAUUGUCUGCUCCACGGUAGAACUGCCUCCACAGCUGUAUAUGAACCAUGGGAAUUAUAAGACUAACCUUUGGUUGAAGAUGUUGUGAUCAUCAAAGGAAGACAAUACAUGGUCAUACCUUAAGUUUCCAUUGACUUGAAUAACAAACAAAAAAAAGUCUGCCUUAAACGCUUCUGUCCUAAGCGUUGCAGGUUUGAACUGUCUCCUUGCGUUGUGGAGUGUGAAAGCAAUAAUGCACACUCUUGUUCCUGGAAUGGUGUUUACCCCCUCCCCCAACCCUCAGACCUGUUCCAUAAUACAUGAAUGCACAGACGGGAAUGUUCAGAGCUUGGAAACGCUUUUCAGAUUCUACCUGCUCUGGGCCAGAAUCUCAGACAUGCUGCUGUUUAGGAUGGAACCUCCUUCUUUAUGACUUAAAACUUGGAAUUACCUGGGAUGAGGAUAAACAGGGACGUAUUUAAAAUACUUCACCCCUCCAGUCAUUACCGUUAUUGUCAUAUGUAGCAUCAUUGUACUAUGCUGUGGGCCUCGUGUCCCUCUGCCUGGUUUUUGGGGUGGGAUCUGUUUUGCAUGCUGUGGCUAUCAUCCAUCCUCGCCCCUUAAAGGGGUUCUCCAGGAAUAAAAUAAAAAAUAUGAAAAUAUUCACAAAUACCUUUUUCAUUACUUAGAAUGGCUUCUUUUGUCUAGGGAGCAAUUAUUAGGCGAAAUGGCCGCCGUCCUA